AUGAGCAAAAAUGCUCAGCAUGAGAAUGGAAUUGAGGUUGAGAUGAAGGUGGUAGAUGUUGUAGAAGGAGAUGAUGGUGGUGAAGAACUUGGAGAAAGACGGUACGAGGCUGACCAAGAAGAAAGAGACGAACAUCACGAUCUCCCCUUGGUGGGGAGCGGUCAUGCUCUCCCUGAAGUUGGAUGCAGAAGCUUUGGUCACACUCCUCUCUCAUCACAUUAUUUAAUCCGGGUUCUGCUCCUUCAUCCUUGUGUCCAAAAUUUCCAAGAGAUAAAGCUGUUCACUGCCUUGUGUUCUUACAUUCUCCUCCUUGGCAUCUAUGCUCCGAAAAGCCUUUCAGAUAGCCCUCCUCUGCAGGAUGUGUGCUCCAUGGCUCCCCAGAGUGAAAGGAAGCUGUCCAUGAAUGGUUUCCUCUGCAAGCACCCCACCAUAGCAGCCUCUGAUUUCAAGACAAUGCUGCUUAACCAUGCCGGAGACCUGGACAACAUGGUCCGGUCAUCGGCGAACAUCGUCACCGCCACCGAGUUCCCUGGCCUCAACACCCUUGGCCUGUCGAUGGCGCGGACCGACAUUGCUCCCAGCGGGGCAGUGCUCCCCCACUCUCACCCGAGAGCGUCACAGAUGAUGUUCGUUCAUGGCGGCAGUGUGGUGGCUGGCUUCUUUGACACCAAGGGCAGGCUGUUCCAGAAGACUCUUGGUGAGGGGGAUGUGUUCAUCUUCCACCGCGGGUUGGUUCACUACAUCAUCAACUAUGGUUUCGGCCUCGCGACGACGUUUUCGGUACUCAACAGUCAGAACCCAGGCGUGGUUGGCAUCACCCAUGCGAUGUUCGCGCCAGAUUCAGAUGUAGCUGAGGGUCUAAUGGCCAGAAUGUUGAGUUUCAGAGAGAUGGGAAUCAGUGAAAACAGUACUGCUGAUUUGCCAUGGACUUUCUGA